UGUCGACCACUAGACGAGUCAUUUCAGCGGCGGUUAAGUUUGUGAUCAUUUCAAACCCAUUCGCAACGACUAGACAUCAAAUAAUGGACUGCAUUGCAUGGGUUGCGUUGGGAUUCGUAACCCAAAUAACGUUUAUUAAGCGCCUAUAUCAACUAUCACCUGAACAGUUCCUGGCCAUUGAACAUGUCAUG